AUUUAGUCACCUGAGAAAAGUCUAGAAGGGGGUUGGGGUUCCCCCAUCUGCAAACUCUCAGAGGUCACAGGGUCUUGUUAUGCCAACCCAGGUGGAAGUGUGGGCCUCACUGUUGGUAGCAAUCUCCUAUUCAAGGGAGAAAGACAAAGGAAAGGUUGCUACCAAAUCAGAAACAACAUUCUUCAAGAAAAACCCACCAAAGCCAGGAGUACAGUAUUCUUGAGAUCUCGGCAAGCAGGGCCAGAUUAAGGUUGCUUCUGAGUUCCUGCAACCGCCUCCAACUCCGGUUUGCAGCCCCACGGUCAGGACUCUACCCGUCCAGGAGCAAAUCCGUCUUCCACAUACCAGCUAAGCAUGUUUAACUACGAACGUCCAAAACACUUCAUCCAGUCCCAAAAUCCAUGUGGCUCCAGACUGCAGCCUCCAGGACCGGAAGCCUCCAGCUUCCCGAGCCAGACCAAACAGUCCUCCAUCGUCAUCCAGCCCCGCCAGUGCACAGAGCAGAGGUUUUCUGCAUCCUCCACAGUGAGCUCUCACAUCACCAUGUCUUCCUCUGCUUAUCCUGCUUCCCAGCAGCUUGCUGGCCCCAACCCAGGCCAAAGGGUUACUGCCACCUAUAACCAGUCCCCAGCCAGCUUCCUCAGCUCUAUAUUACCAUCUCAACCUGAUUACAGUAACAGUAAAAUCCCAUCCACUGUGGACUCCAACUAUCAACAAUCUUCGGUUAGCCAACCAGUAAAUGCCAUGCCAUCCCCAACUGCAAAUGCUAAGCCCACUCCAAGGACUCCUGAUCACAAAAUCCAAGGAUCAAAAGAAGCGUUGAUUCAAGAUUUGGAGAGAAAGCUGAAAUGCAAGGACACCCUUCUUCAUAAUGGAAAUCAAAGACUGACUUAUGAGGAGAAGAUGGCCCGCAGGUUGCUAGGCCCGCAGAAUGCUGCCGCUGUGUUUCAAGCUCAAAACAGUGACGCCCAGGAUUCUCCACAGCAGCAUAACCCAGAACAUGCACGGCUGCAGGUCCCCACAUCACAAGUAAGGAGUAGAUCAUCCUCGAGAGCAGAGGCAAAUGACCAGGAUGCCAUCCAGGAGAAGUUUUACCCACCACGCUUCAUUCAAGUGCCAGAAAACAUAUCGAUUGAAGAAGGACGGUUCUGCAGAAUGGAUUUCAAAGUGAGCGGACUGCCGGCCCCUGAUGUGUCGUGGUAUCUAAAUGGGAGACCAGUUCAAUCUGAUGAGCUGCACAAGAUGAUAGUGUCUGAGAAGGGUUUCCACUCACUCAUCUUCGAAGUGGUCAGAACAUCGGAUGCAGGGCCAUAUGUAUGUGUGGCCAGGAACAGAGCUGGAGAAGCCACUUUCACAGUGCAGUUAGACGUCCUUGCAAAAGAGCAUAAAAGAGCACCAAUGUUUAUCUACAAGCCACAGAGUAAAAAAGUUUUUGAGGGAGAGUCGGUGAAACUAGAGUGCCAGAUCUCGGCUAUCCCUCCACCCAAGCUUUUCUGGAAAAGGAACAAUGAAAUGGUCCAGUUCAACACGGAUCGGAUAAGCUUGUAUCAUGAUAAUGCUGGAAGAGUCACUUUACUGAUAAAAGAUGUAACCAAGAAGGAUGCUGGGUGGUACACAGUGUCAGCAGUCAAUGAAGCUGGCGUGACCACAUGUAACACAAGAUUAGAUGUCACAGCCCGUCCAAACCAAACCCUCCCGGCUCCCAAGCAGUUGCGUGUUCGACCAACUUUCAGCAAGUAUUUGGCGCUUAAUGGGAAAGGUUUGAAUGUGAAACAAGCUUUUAACCCGGAAGGAGAAUUUCAGCGCCUGGCAGCUCAAUCUGGACUCUACGAAAGUGAAGAACUUUAGUAACUUUGCCCGCAGUGGGAAAUACAACUUCAGUAUUAGCAAUAUAUCUGAUGACUUUGUGAGAAAAAAAAAAUCUAUGGCUGUAUUAACAGCUUACGGCUUUACUUAGGUCGUAUAACUAACACACAUUUAAAACAUUAUUUACCCUCCGACUCUGGCGCAGCCUGUCUACCCCUCUGACCUGUGAGGUCAACACUAAACUGAGUGUAUGGGUUUGUAUUCUAAGAGACUGUCUUAAGUUACAGUCUCUUAGAGCUUGAGUCGUGCACAUUUAACAACAAGUUAUGAAUCAAAAACUUUUUUAAAACCGCUAAUGCUUGCAGUAAAGUUUAUGGGUAUUGCUUAACACAUAUUGGUUUACCUGUUUUCUCUUGUAGGAAUACUAACAUGAUAUAGAUUAUCUGAGUGUUCCACAAUUUCAUGUCAAAAGAGAAUAAAAUUCGAAUAGCUAAAACAGA